AUGGCUGCUAGCAGGGAAGCCACCUCAUCUGCCCCCACCUCGGCUUCUAGCAUGCCACCUACAACACCUCCACCACCACCUAUUCUACUGUAUGCACCCAUUCCAUCUUUCACUGCUCCACUAGUGGCUCUUGUCUCGCACACACCACCUCCUGCACCCACGCCAAUACCACUGGCUUCAGCUGCUACUGUGCCACCCCCCACUCCAGCUUUGCUCAAGUCAUCGAUGACGUCAGGUCAUUUUUUUGGUAAUGAUGCAUCUGCUUUGCGCAUGCCAUCUGAUGCGGCUUGCCGAUGUGAUGUGAGCACCCCAUCCGAUGCUUAUGAUGAUUUAGGGGCCGGCGAUUCUAAUUAUGACCAGUGGUUCUACUGA